UCACUCGGCGCAGUCCAAUGGCAACUGAGAGAGCGAGAGAGUGCGAGAGAGAGUGAGUGUGAGAGAGAGAGAGAGUGUGUGAGAGAGAGAGAGAGAGUGUGUGUGUGAGAGAGAGAGGUCCAGCUUUGGUGUCUCUCCCUUUAAUCUCUCCGUCUUUCUCUGUAGAGGCAACCUGAAUCUCUGCAUUUUAACGCUCGAGCGCAUUGCAUUAAUCCAUCUGGAUCAACCACAGUGUCGCUUAUUUUCUUCUUUUCAUCGCACUGUUUGGAUUGGAUGAUUUUUCUUUUCUUUUUUUUUUUUUUGUAACCAGGGACCGAAGGAUUUUUUUUUGGGGGGGGGGCACUUUGCUUUCUGUUCUCGCGCUCUCGUUUGUUGCAUGUUCAUGUUUGGUCAUAUCCCAUGAAGUCAGUGCGCAGCUUGGGGAGAGUCCUAUGAUGCAGAUAUUGCACAGGCAAACCACGGAUGGAGUGAAGAUGGACUGAAGAGUGGAAAGUAGUUGCACUGGAAGACUGGAAGCCAAGAAGACAGAGCUGCAUUUUUUUGUUUCUAUCAAGGGGUAGCUGUUUGACAGAAUUAAAGCUACCACACCAAACAAGACCCGUUUCCUUGGGAUGGGGGGUUCUAGUGUUGGUGAUGUGAUUGGAGGGUGUCUUGCCUAUAAGUUGCCCAUCAUAGCCUGAGACAGGGGUUUCACCUCAUCUGUUCAGGUGGGAUUAUAGGACCGUAGAUAUCUUCGUCUCCCCAACCUCGGCUGGACCAUGUCACGGCAAGGAGGAACCACAUGGAUACCUACAACCAUGGUCCCACCAUUUGCCAAUCUACACCGAAUCUGUUGGAUUGUAGUAGUGGUAGCUUCUUGCUUAGCAGUGGCCCAGGGACAACAGUAUCCAGUUGUCACUACAAACUACGGCAAGUUGAGAGGCUUAAAAACAUCACUGCCCAAUGAGAUUUUGGGACCUGUGGAACAGUACUUGGGGAUUCCCUACGCUCUGCCGCCCAUAGGCGAGAGGAGGUUUCAGCCUCCAGAGCCGCCAAUGUCUUGGCCGGGGAUCCGAAAUGCCACUCAGUUCGCCCCAGUGUGUCCACAGUUUCUGGAAGAUCGCUUUUUACUCAAUGAUAUGUUACCUGUAUGGUUCACUGCUAACUUGGAUACAGUGGUAACCUACGUGCAGGACCAAAGUGAAGACUGUCUAUACCUGAACAUCUAUGUGCCCACUGAGGAUGUAGGAGCCAACACUUACAAUCAACGUGCCGAUUUCACCAAUAAUGAGGGUGGCGAAGACAAAGACAUCCACGAUGAGAACGGUCUUAGGCCCGUCAUGGUAUACAUUCAUGGCGGAUCUUACAUGGAAGGCACAGGGAACAUGAUCGAUGGCAGCAUCCUGGCCAGCUAUGGAAACGUCAUCGUGGUUACGCUUAACUACAGACUGGGAGUGUUGGGAUUUCUAAGCACAGGGGAUCAGGCUGCCAAAGGGAAUUACGGCCUGUUGGACCAGAUUCAAGCGUUGCGGUGGAUCAAAGACAACAUCCAGGCCUUCAAAGGAGAUCCAAAAAGGGUGACUAUAUUUGGAUCAGGAGCUGGAGCGUCAUGUGUGAGCUUGCUGACCCUGUCCCAUUAUUCGGAGGAUCUGUUUCAGAAAGCCAUCAUCCAAAGUGGCACGGCUCUAUCCAGCUGGGCCGUCAAUUACCAACCGGCCAAGUACACGCGCAUGCUUGCCGAAAAAGUAGGCUGCAACAUGCUGGAUACCAUUGAACUGGUGGAAUGCUUGCAGAAUAAGAACUACAAGGAGUUGAUCGAGCAAUAUAUCACCCAGGCCAAGUACCACAUUGCAUUUGGGCCUGUUAUAGACGGUGACGUCAUCCCAGAUGACCCUCAGAUCCUCAUGGAGCAGGGGGAGUUCCUGAACUAUGACAUCAUGUUGGGCGUCAACCAGGGCGAAGGUUUCAAGUUUGUGGAUGGGAUCGUAGAUAGCGAGGAUGGCGUGUCGGCCAAUGACUUUGACUUUGCAGUGUCGGAUUUUGUGGACCACCUGUACGGAUAUCCGGAGGGGAAGGAUACGCUCCGAGAGACUAUCAAGUUCAUGUACACCGAUUGGGCUGAUAAGGAGAAUCCAGAGAACAGGCGCAAGACUUUGGUCGCAUUGUUUACAGAUCACCAGUGGGUGGCGCCUGCUGUAGCUACGGCCGAUCUUCAUGCGCAGUACGGAUCGCCGACGUACUUCUACGCUUUCUAUCACCAUUGCCAGAGCGAGAUGAAGCCAAGCUGGGCAGACUCGGCGCAUGGAGACGAGGUGCCUUACGUGUUUGGUAUCCCUAUGAUCGGCCCGACCGAUCUGUUCAAUUGCAACUUCUCCAAGAACGACGUCAUGCUCAGCGCAGUGGUGAUGACGUACUGGACGAAUUUUGCUAAGACGGGAGAUCCAAAUCAGCCAGUUCCACAGGACACCAAGUUCAUACACACAAAACCCAAUCGUUUUGAAGAAGUGGCCUGGUCCAAGUACAACCCCAAAGAUCAGCUGUACCUUCACAUCGGCCUGAAGCCAAGAGUUCGAGACCACUACCGUGCCACCAAGGUGGCCUUCUGGCUUGAACUUGUGCCUCACCUUCACAACAUCAACGAACUGUUUCAGUAUGUCUCGACCACCACUAAGAUCCCGCCGCAGGACACGACACCCUUCCCUUAUACCAAACGACUAGGUAAAACCUGGCCGUCCACAACACGCCAUCCUGGAAUACCUCCUUCAAAUACCAAGCAAACCACAGACCAGCGCAAAGGCAAUGAUCUUGUUGAGGACUCUGCUGUGAUGAUCGAGACCAAGCGUGACUACUCGACAGAACUAAGUGUGACCAUUGCAGUGGGCGCGUCACUGCUCUUCCUGAACAUCCUGGCCUUCGCCGCACUCUACUACAAGAAAGACAAGCGACGUCACGAGUCUGGUCGUCGUGGUACCAGCCCGCAACGCAAUGCCAACUCCAACGCUAACGAUGUCUCACGGAUGCAGAGUGACGAACUCGCGUCAUUGCAGAUGAAGCAGCAGCAACAACAACUGGAGCAACAGCUUGAAAAUGAGCACCGGCAUGAAUGUGAGGCACUGAGGCUUGCAUGCCCACCUGAUUACGCACUUACGCUCCGCCGAUCUCCUGACGAUGUUCCGCUCAUGACACCCAGCACCAUCACCAUGAUUCCCAGCUCGCUCGGUGCCAUGCAGCCCUUGCACAAUUUCAACGCCUUUGUUGGGACUCAGAACAGCACCAACCUCCCCCACGCUCACUCCACCACCAGGGUAUAGCUGCACGCUUUUGGAAUACCUUCAGACUACCACCUCCUCUCUGUACUAUUCUUAGGAAGUCAGGGUUGGUUUACUCCUGGCAUUGAGCUUAAGACUGAAGUCAUGGAUGAAAAAGUUGCUCCACCUGGAGAUUGAUUCUCAGUGGAUAAGAUUAUUUUGCUACACCUUCUUAAAGAAUAUACGAGUCCGAUAUGAUCUGUUUGUGGGGGAAUAUAGCGAAUGUUACUAAACUUCACACUGUACUCAGAGCCAAGUGGAGUGGGAAUAUUUUACCAAAAGUAAUUCUGGACUCUUGUGGACUAGUUUUCUUGCACAGGGGACACUUAGAAGCUAAUGAUAGAAGGCAUCAAGGAUGUGUUAACACUUGGUACUGUUUAUCCUAUAUCGAACAGUGCAAGAACACUGUAUUUUGAACAAAUCUACUUUUCCGACACAUGAUGGACAAAGGGACAGAAUUCUAAAAUCCCCCAGCCUGAAAUGUAUUUAUGACAAAUUUGUAAAGAUGAGAAUUAUGUAAAUAGCUGUGCGUUACAAAAGCCAAUACUAAAGAAAAUUACAAAUGCUUUUAUUGUUGUUUUUGGUUUCAAAAUAUAACUAUUAACAAGCUUGUGCUUUUUGUUGAAGUGACUGUAUAUAUACCGAUCAUAAUCAUAAUCAUUGUUUUACUUUUCGAAAAAAAGGUUUGGGUUCACAUUCCAGAUGCAAUAGUAAAAAACUAAUAAAAACAGUAAUACUUAUUUCCACACACAUAACCAUAAGUUUGCUUUAGUGGUCCUUCAGCUUUCUGUCCAGCAAACGUAGUUUGUUCAAAACCAGCUUCAUGCAUUGACCUUAAACAUGGAGGAAAACACUCUACAAUGGUGUUGAUGCAAAUUGGAUAUUAAUGGCAAGUUAAGAUUUUGGAGUUUGUCUUUCACAUGGUAGGGACGAUGAGUCACCUGGAAUCACAGCACUGGCCAAUGGGAUUGGAUUUAUUUUAAUGAAUGACAUAAUGGGCGGACAUUGAAAAUAUUGGCGCUGCUGCUCAAGUAUGAUCUGACGAUAAGUUUCUCACGUCCAGUUAGGUUCCAUAUAGCUCUAACUAAGAGAAAUAGUGCUUUGAUUCCAGGUGCCAUUGCAAAACAGCUGAAAACAACAUCGUGUGUCCCCAACAGCUGUAGGUCAUUCACACCAUCUGCUUCAUUCUGUAUUUUUAUUUCCAUAACGUUUUUGUUACAUGCAUCACUGCCUGAAUUGAAGAUGUGGCCCUGCAAUGUACUGUCAAGAAUUUAAAAAAACGGUCAAAAGAAAUAGCCCAGGCAGUGGAUUUUACUAUAUUAGUUGGAUAUGUUUGUAAAGACGUAUAUGUUAGAUAUUUCUACUUGUCAUAUGCUAGCAAUAUGUAUUGUGCCAGGCUUGUGAUAUUUUUGGGUUACAACGCAAGUGAAUGAAUGUAAAUAAAAAAAUAAACUAUAAAUGAUAUUUAAAAAAAAUAAAAAAAUCAUUAACCCUAAUAUUUUAGUUCUGCAUCCUAUAAGAGAGCUUGGAAGCGCAAGAAAAGAUUAAAAAAAAAAAAUCUAAUAAAAUGUAAAAAAAAAAAAAAAGCAAAUUGAAAUUUAUAAAGUUACCUUUGUAUAUUGAAUCUUAAGAUAUUCAUCAUAGGCCCUUCAACUGUCAAUAAUUCAAGGGUGCAGUGUAGGAUUCUACAUAAUAGUUUGUCUUAUAUUGUUUGCGGUUUUUGCCUUAAGUGAUAGAUGAUAUUUCUGGCUGGACACCUAUAUAAUUUUUUUCUGCAACGUUUCUAAUAAAAAUCAAUAUUUUCUAA